CAUAUGCUGUCGGAGUCCUCUAGUGCUCUCUGCUGCUCAGUGCGCACUAUAUACCUCAUACAUACUGUACGCGAACUGUACCGGUCUGUCUCUUUCACGCUCUCUCUCUCUCGUUCUCUUCUUUCUCUGCUCCGCUGUUCUCAGCUCUAAUUCUGUGCUGGCUUUUGAGCUUUUCUCUGCGGGACUCAAACUCAUUCAUUCGGAAACUUGAAUCUCAUGUGAGAGCGAAAAGGGGCUGUAGUUUACCCGUGUUAUUGCUAUAAAACCUACUGGAGGUGCAUACACAACACAUUUGCAUGUUAUGCAUCAAAGCUCUGUUUCCUAAGUGAAGAUUAUUGCAUUGUUACCUGCUACCAAGGGCAAGCUCAUUUUGUAGAAACUGCACCGAAGAGCCGUAGGGAAUAUGCAUCUGGGCCACAUCUGUGGGAUUUUACAGCAGCUGUGGUUUUUGACUGCUACGGUAGCUUCAGGUUCACAUUUCUUUCAAGACUUGGAGUCUGAGACAGUCUACCCUCUGGUUUUACCGGAUGCCGCUCCGCCGAGUACUGAGAGAUUCGACAGCCAGGAGAGAUAUCCAAAUGCAGGCAGCAGUUCUCGGGAAGUCCGUUCUAUUUCCAAAGGAGAGGAAUACGAAUCCCAGGAGUUAUACCACUGGGAACCUAUUGGACCGCAGCCACUGGCUUUUCCGGGGCUCAGGCUCAAAAUACCAGCCUUUGGCAAUGAGCUCCACCUGAUUCUCAAGAGGGACAGCAGGUUUUUAUCCCGGAAAUUCGUAGUAGAGAACAGACUGAAAGGUCGGAAUGCGUACCUGGACAAUUCAACAGUUACCUCUUCUUCCAGCGCUGAAAGAUCGUGUUACUACAGCGGGGCUGUUCUGAAUUCUGCAGGAUCCAUCGCCUCCUUUAGCACCUGUGGUGGUCUGAUGGGAUUUAUUCAGCUCAAUGAGGACUUUCUAUUUAUUGAACCUCUAAACCGCACACUGGCAGUGACAGGGCACGCACACCGCGUUUACAGACGGAAACGAUCAAUGGAGGAGAAAGUCUCAGAGAAGCAUUCUUCACAUAAAUACUGUGGGGUUCUUCCUGAUAAAAGGAAAAGCAAGACCAGACAGUUGACAGAAAUUGGCAGAGGGAAAAGAUACUCCUAUAAAUUACCUCAUGAAUAUAACGUGGAGACCUUGGUUGUUGCUGACCCUGCCAUGGUCAGCUAUCAUGGUUCUGACGCUGCAAAGAGAUUCAUCCUCACAAUAAUGAAUAUGGUUUUUAAUCUCUUUCAACACAAGAGCCUUGGAGUGCAAAUGAACAUUCGACUGACAAAGCUUGUGCUGCUUCAUGAGACUCCAGCCAACAUGUACAUCGGGCACCAUGGAGAAAAGAUGCUGGAGAGUUUCUGUAAGUGGCAGCAGGAAGAGUUUGGAAAGAAGAACAUUCACACUGACUUCUCAAUGAGCUGGAGGGAGGAUUUACCGUCCGUUGACACAGCUGUAUUAAUCACCAGAAAGGAUUUCUGCGUACAUAAAGAUGAACCAUGUGACACUGUAGGUAUAGCAUACUUAAGUGGGAUGUGCAGUGAGAAGAGAAAGUGCAUCCUUGCUGAGGAUAAUGGACUUAAUCUGGCAUUUACAAUCGCUCAUGAGAUGGGGCACAACAUGGGGAUAAAUCAUGACAAUGACCACCCGUCCUGUGCAGAUGGCCUCCAUAUCAUGUCUGGGGAGUGGAUUAAAGGACAAAACCUUGGAGACGUCUCCUGGUCUCAAUGCAGCAGAGAGGACAUGGAAAGGUUUCUCAGGUCAAAGGUGAGCAGUUGUUUGCUGCAGACAGAUCCCCAGAGCCUCAAUUCUGUGAUUCUGCCUUCCAAGCUACCUGGGAUGACUUACACUGCAGAUGAGCAAUGUCAGAUUCUGUUUGGACCAAAAGCCUCUUAUUGCCAGAAAAUGCAGUAUGUAAUUUGCUCUGGGCUCUGGUGCAAAGUCGAGGGUGAGAAAGAGUGUAAGACGAAAUUGGAUCCACCUAUGGACGGAACAGAGUGUGACACAGGAAAGUGGUGCAAAGCUGGGGAUUGUGUCAGAAAGGCUCUUUUACCUGAGCACACAGAUGGGGAGUGGAGUUCAUGGAGUGCAUGGGGAGCCUGCAGCAGAACCUGUAACACCGGGGUCAGUGUCCGUCAACGCAAGUGUGAUAAUCCCAGACCCAGCACUGAAGGUAGAGACUGUCCUGGUGUCAGAGUGCAGUAUCAAGUGUGCCGGAACACUCUCUGUCCAGCAGGGGUGCCAAGCUUCAGGGAUUUACAGUGCCAGUCCUUUAACAGCCCUUUGUAUCAGAAGCACUCGUUCCAGUGGUAUUCUGUCACAGAUAAUGAGAAACCCUGCACUUUAUUCUGCUCCACAUUGGGGAACGACCAGCCAAUACUGCUGGCUGACAAAGUACUUGAUGGGACUCUGUGUGGACCUCAGGAAUCAGAUAUCUGUGCAAAUGGCACGUGUCAGAAAAUCAGCUGCGACGGUAUACUGGGAUCAUCAGCCAGAGAAGAUAAUUGUGGAUUGUGCAAUGGAAACGGCAAAUCAUGCAAAGUCAUUAAAGGAGAUUUCAACCACACCAGGGGGGCAGGUUAUGUUGAAGCGGUGGUGAUACCAGCAGGAGCCAGAAGAAUCAGAGUGGUGGAAGAAAAACCUGCACACAGCUACUUAGCUCUACGGGAUGCCAGUAAACACUCCAUCAACAGUGACUGGAAGAUUGAACAUCCAGGUUCAUUUAACAUUGCUGGGACAACAGUCCACUAUGUCAGAAGAGGAUUAUGGGAGAAAAUCUCUGCCAAAGGACCCACUACUUCUCCGCUCCAUCUUUUGGUGCUGCUGUUUAAUGACCAAAAUUAUGGAAUACAUUAUGAGUACACCAUUCCUGUAGACCCUCCCCCAGAGAACCGGAGUGCCAAGACCGUUGAGCCUCUCUUCAUGUGGACGCACUCUGGGUGGGAGGACUGCCAUGCUGUGUGUGGUGGAGGAGAAAGGAAAACAAAAGUUACUUGCACCAAGAUCAUGAAUAAGACUACCAGUGUGGUGGACAACAAGAAGUGCCGCUACCUGACUAAACCCGAGCCACAAGUGCGCAAAUGCAAUGACCAGCCCUGCCAGACAAGGUGGAUGAUGACAGAUUGGACUCCUUGCUCAAGGACUUGUGGAAAGGGAUCUCAGGCUCGUCAGGUGUCCUGCACUCAGCAGCUACGGAAUGGGACUCUCAUCAGGGCUAAAGAGCGGGACUGUGUGGGACACAAGCCUGCUGCGGCCCAGCGCUGUGAGGGGCAGGACUGUAUGACAGUGUGGGAGGCUGGAGUCUGGUCCGAGUGCUCUGUAAAGUGUGGCAAAGGGGCCCGCCACAGGACUGUGAAAUGCACCAAUCCUCGCAAGAAAUGCGACUUGUCCACACGCCCCAGGGAGGUGGAAGACUGCGAGGAUUAUUCCAAGUGCUACGUCUGGAGAACAGGAGACUGGUCCAAGUGCUCAGUAACCUGUGGCAAGGGAAUGCAGUCCAGGGUAAUUCAGUGCAUGCACAAGAUCACUGGAAGGCAUGGAAAUGAAUGCUUCUCAUCUGAGAAACCCGCUGCUUACCGACCUUGCCAUCUACAACCCUGCAAUGAGAAAAAUAAUGUGAACACCAUCACCUCGCCUAGACUGGCUGCCUUAACAUUCAAGUGCCUACGGGACCAGUGGCCUGUCUACUGUAAAGUCAUUAGAGAGAAGAACCUCUGUCAGGACAUGAGGUGGUACCAGCGCUGCUGUGAGACCUGUAGGGACUUUUAUGCACAAAAAAUGCAGCAAAGAAGUUGACAUCCAACACAAUCAGAACUCUUAGAAGUUAUUUAUAGUAAGAAAACACAAGCAAAAACACCUUUUUCAACCAAACAAAUCCCGGAUAAUUGAAUUAGUGUCAUCUAUUCUUAUGAUCUGUGAGGUCAUUUUUGUAGAAAAUAAAAAACUGUUUUUUUUUUUCUGUUUGUUUUUUUUUAUAGUUGGUUCUACACUAAAUGUUAGUAAUUAAGUGUAAACUCUCUCUCGUUUAAUGCAGCCACUCUCCUGAUAUGGUCAAGGUUUCUAGGGGAGAUCCUAAUUCCUUACUAGUCAGUCUAUAUUGGACAGCAAAUAUCUGUCAUGUCUACUAUGUACAGUAUAAAGAACAUGCAGAUAAGAUGGGAGUCUACAAAAGAUGAAAGAAACGAUAUAGCUCUGUACUUUUUUGCUGACUGUUGUUUUACCUGAUAUAUCUCAGUCUGUAAUCAUUAAGCCAUGCUAUUUCUGUCAAUUUAUCUGUGGAGAUUUUCUAGUCUGUAAUCAUUAAGCCAUGCUAUUUCUGUCAAUUUAUCUGUGGAGAUUUUCAAUGUCCUUGACUUGCCUAAGCUUUGCUACAUAGAGGAAUUGGUAGUGGCUUCCGAGAUUACAGGUUUGUUGGGUUCAUCUUUGUUCCAGGAAUCCUUGUGAAGAAAUUACCUUUGCACAUAAGCCCUGGGUAUCCCCUUACAGGUAAAAAGGGAACCCCAAGGAUUCUUGAAAGCAUGGCCAACAAAUCCAGAUCAUUAACUCUGUUGUCUCUCACCUUAGUUUACCCGUUAAUACUGUACAUACCGGGUAAGCACAGUAAUGCACUUGCCAUUUGUUUUCCAAUCCAAUUGAAGGAACAUUAGACUAAGUAUAUUGAACAAGCAAACCUUACACAACUUCCAACACUCGCACCAGGGUUGGGCUGUAAGAAAACACAAAGUGGAGAAUUCUUAUUCCCUGACAUGGAGUCUAGGGGAACCCUGCAUGCUAAAUAAAGGGUGUUUCAAUUGAGUGUUAACUGACACAACACAGACAGCCUGUAAGAAUAAAAUAAGACUAUAGAAGUUCACAUACAGAAUUAUAAUAGUAAUAAUUAUUGGAAAGCGCAGCCUUGGCUAUUUUUCAUCCUGAGCUGACCUUUCAUUCCAAGGCUAUAAUUUGAGAGCAGUAUUCAUUCAGUAAGAUCUAAAUCCACAUUUCAGGUUUAAGUCAUGAAAGUGACCCACAGUACCAACUAAAUCUGCCUUCUAGUGACCAAAGUUGAAAUACAAGGUUGGAGAGGGGCAUUGCAGUGUAAAAUAUAAUUCUUAGAUUUAGAUAAAAUUCUUAGAUUUAGAUUUGGAAUCAAUAACCUGAGAUCUAGAAUUCCAGCACCACAUUGCAUUGGACCUAAGUAUGUAACUUACAUCAGAUACUGUAAACCCCAUAAACAAUGCAUGAAUAGGAUAACAAGAGCAAUCUCAAUCAUCUAGAAUAAGUCUUCACAUAAACUCUUGAUUCAGCGUAGUAUAAAAUGAUGUAACAUUCAAGUCUAAAUAAGGUUUUGUUGGAAAGUAAAUGUUUUCUGAAAAAAAAUAAAAAAUACCUUUCAGCAGCCACAGGAAGCAAUGCCUUAUAGUUGACGUGAACAUUACAAAGAACAUUAGUGACACCCAGUGGCCAGAGGAUGUUGUCACUUGAGAGUCUAUUUUUUUCACAGUACAGACCCUUAAAGCGGUUUAGAUGUACUGCACACUACUAGAUUUGGCUACUUUGAACCUCAUUGUUUUUACUGUUCAUUUUUAUUGAACAGUAAGGUUUUCAGAUCUCUGAAAAAGCAUCUUUCCGUAUUCAAUACAACAAAGAGACUUGUUGAAACUAUUAUAUUGAUGGUUCUAUGCAAAGGCAGCUUCUACUGGCUCUCUGUUGUUAUACAGUAGAUUGUUUCAGACGGUUACAAAAUAAAUAAAACAUGGCCACUUUAUUGGUAACUAGUUGGAAUUAAAAUAAGCAUAUCAGUGGGGUACUAAAAUUAACUAAACCAUGAUAAAUUGGCAAUUUACAAAAGCUGUUAGUCAGUUGGCUAUAAACACUGUUGAAGCAAUAAAGGUGGGUUACAAUGGCUGCCAACUUAUCAUACCAGCUUUAUCAUAGACUGGAACUGCAGUUGCAGCUCACGGAGCACCAUGCUCGCUGAAUCAACUGGUGGGUGAUAAGGGAAGACAAAGUUAAUCAGCCAGUCUUUGGGUAUUUGUAGCUGCAAUUUUUAAACCAAGUUGAAACGGUUCUUAUAGGAGUAAUUCGGGCAUCCAUUUACCAGUGAUAGCACUGAUACAAUACUCAAUCUGGUGAUUCAUCUAAUUCUCUUUCAACCAUUGUCUGCGUAUUUGUAACUCAGCUAACAAGUUCAGUGCUUCAGUCCACUGUGCCCCACUGUUCCUGUUAUAUAUCUUGCAUGAUGCAGAUAUAUUUAUGACCUUCAUGGAACUCUUCUACUUGUACACCUUUGAAUCAAGACAGCCUUUAUUCUUCUUUCUGGUCCUAGCAUACAUUGUAAUGCUGGCUUAAAACUGUAAUGUGUCAUUUAUAAUAGUAAUUUUACCUGUCGCUGUUUAUUUAGUUAAUUUAUGUCCACUUUGACAGCCUUUUCCAGUUGUUCCCAAUUAUCCUUUAAUAUAAAAGACCCCUCAAUGGUAGUAAUGAGCCUUUGGUAAGGGAUCUGGGGAAAUGUAUCUUCUUCAAAAGGCAGUUAUAUAGUAACACAAAGCUAAGGAGAUACCAAGGGGCCACAUAUUAAAUCACCUAGUUCUUCACUUUGUUUAUCACUUUAAACAAUUACUGUAAGUUUUUCUGUUUGUUUUGUUUUUUUUGGUUCAUCACUUGUAGAGAUAUUAUUGUUCACUGCAUUACGGUAUCUCAUGUCACAAAUUCAUAAAGCAAGUACGAGACCACAGAGGUGCUGAACACAGACCUGCUGCUUUUAAAGGAAAGUAAUCUGCUGUAUAUCUUGACAAAUAUGUUUGACCAAACAAUGACAAAAUGUUAAAUAGGUCGGUAAUGAUUAUAAAUACAAAUUAUAUACUUGAAUAAAAGUAUUAAGAAACAAAACACUGUAACUGUUUACACUGAAUCACUGUGGCACGGAUUUGGACUUUUAAAAGUUCUCCAGUCAGGAAACAAACAUCUUGUGCUGCAUGAAUCCUGCUCCAUUUUAACAUUUUGUCAUUUGAUUGAAAACAUGAAUUAUAUGUCGAUGUUUGCUUCAUUUAGCUUGUAUAAUAUGAGAGUUUU